CUUGAUUGCAUUCAUGGCCUUUGAUUUGCGUCCCUAUCCUCCUUGCUUCUCCCUCUUGACUGCUAUUUACCUGCUACGUGACGGGCGGUCGAUGUGUCGUUUGCUUGUCUUCAAGGGCAUCGAGCCCAUCACCCUCUCUAACCUCGUGACCAAGCCCGCCCACUCCAUCAUCAACCAAGCCUUCGACGCUCGCCUUCGCCUCGAUGCAACCAGAUCAGUCAAUGGAGAUGGCUUUGGUCUAGGAUGGUACGACGCCGAGGCCUCUGCCUCCUCAUCCACUUCCUUAGCGUACGUCGCCCCCCUCGAUGAUCACCCCGAUACUGCGCCCAUCGCAUCCUCGUCCUCAUCAUCAUCAUCACCAUCAUCGAGCAAGGAUCACCCACACCCCUCUGCACCCUGCAUCUUCACCUCCGUCACACCAGCAUGGAACAAUCAGAACCUUCAACGUCUCUGUGAGAAGAUCCGCUCGCCCCUCGUUUUUGCCCACAUUCGCGCCUCCACGGCCGGAGCUUUGUCCGAGACCAAUUGCCACCCUUGGCGGUACGGUCGCCUUAUGUGGAUGCACAACGGUCAAAUUUCUUCUUUUGGUCUGCUGAAGCGCACGCUAUUGGCUUCACUGGAUGACGAGUUGUUGAACUUCCCGCAGGGUCAGACCGACUCGGAGUGGGCUUUUGCGCUGUUUCUGAGCCAUUUGGAUAGGCCAGGAAGAGAGGAAACUUUCGCGUGGGGAGAGCUCAAGGGGGCCAUGGAGAGGACAAUUGCUGACCUGAAUAGAUGGGCGAGGGAAAAGGGCGUCGAGGAGCCCUCCCUCAUGAACUUCUGUGUGACCGAUGGCCAGUCCAUCGUCUGCACGCGCUACGUCUCCUCCUUGCACGAUGAGGCUGCUUCCCUGUACUUUUCCUCGGGCACAAGCUUCUACGAGCGGGAGAAGGGCAGGUUCCGAAUGCGCAAAGAGGACAGGAGGCAGAAUAUUGUGGUCGUGGCGAGCGAGCCAUUGACUUUUGAAAAGGCUGACUGGAUGGAAGUCCCCACCAACACGAUGAUCAUUGUCACACCCAAGAUGAACGUUCUACAGAUCCCCAUCCUCGAUGAGUACUCGCCCAUCGAUCGACCGCAUCCCAUGCAUGUGCCGGUACGAGCGCCGUACGCCUCCUCCUCCUCGGCGACGUCGACCCUGACAAGACGAGAGGCGUCCCUUGCGAGGAGCCAGCUCAAUGCGAAGGCACCGUCGUCUCUCCUGGCCAUGGAUGAUGAGGUGAGAGGGCGAGCGAUGGACAACGAAGGGGCCGAGGAUGAUGAGGCAGGGCAUUUGCAGCAAAAGGCCAGGGGCGGGUCGACAUCUACGCAUAGGAGCCCGGCGUAUGCAUUGAAUGCCGGCUUCCCUCCGAAUUCGCAUAUAGCGUCGGUGGGAGGAGGGGCAGGGACAGGAGGAAGUGGAGCUGCGCCUGGCGUCGCUGCUGCUGCUGCUGUUGGGCCUUCAUCGCCGACGAGCCCGAUCAAGGUGACUGGAGCGACUAGCGCGACAGUAGCGGCUCGAUGAAAUAGAUUGCGCGCCGACUAGCAUACAGAUAUCCUCGA